CCGGUUCUGUUCGUCUCACCAAUUUCACGACGCCUCAUCUGCCUUGCCCAGCAUCAGCGACGACAUUGCCAACCCACGGCUGCACCACAGCGACGACGCGCAUCAAUUACGACCUUGCAUUGCCUACGAUAACUCCCGGAUGGGAUGCAGUAACCCUGCAAGUGAACCCCAGCCUUAUCGAUACAAACAUUCGCGAUCGCCAGGGGCCAGAGGCGACCUUCGUUCCAAGCGCUACUCCUACCGCCCACCGAGCCCCUCAUUCACCUCGGGACCGCCCUCCACCCCAUCGACUUCCCAGUUGUGACACGGCGAGGCCGGUCUCUACAAUACCUUCAUGAUCGAAACAGGUCGCUCCCCUCGCCAUCUUUGACCAUAAUCUGACUGUCAACACGACGAACCUCCUCCGGACAUCUUCGCGCCCGGCGCUAACGGCACAAUGAAUGGAUUAAUUGCAUCAUACGCUCCGGCCACGGUGAGGAUAUCGGGGCCACCCAACAGCAGCUUCCUGGUGGGCUACCCCGGUAUCUCUGCCACGUUGCCAAGAAUAGUAGGUAAAGUCGAGAUCCGACCAAGCGCCGGCUUUUCCGUACCCGUCAGCGUAUCCAUGGUGCGCAUCUGCCUCCAGCGAAGAGAAACCAUACACCCUGCUGCCGAGAACAUGGCGAAACGACAUCUCGGCACACCGCGACGCGAAACCGUGGACCUGGUGGGCAAAGAGGUGCUACUAUUCCGAUGUGUGUCGGGGAAAGAGGCGGAGAGCGUAAUAGCGAUGGACCUGCCGUUCCAAAUAUUUAUACCCUAUGGCCGAGGAGGAGAGGAAAUAAAUCGUCGAAUUCCGCCUGCGAGCUUGCAACUACCCAGCCGAAUUGCCGAAACAUACUACGAGCUCGUGGUUACCGUCCAACAAGGCCAGAGCACACAAAACAGAUACACCUUCCCCAUACCAAUACAGCGAUACGAUACCCUUUCGACAUUUGGAAUGUACAACCGACCCGAAAGCAAGGUUGUAACGGCGGACAGCAUCGUGACCUUGGGCAUUUCAUUACCAAAAUGGAGUUAUGGGCCACUAGAUCCAAUAACCGUGUUUAUCAAGCUGGCGCCAAAUCCGGACAUGAUGAGCAAGGCAAAAAAGGUUACGAUAAAUAAGAUAACGUUGGCCAUCGAGGAGGAGAUCACGUUCAACCCCGAAGGCGACGAACCAACCAAGAAAAUCAACAAGAUCGCAAAGCACACACAACCAGUAGGGGUCAAGUUGACUGAGACCGGCUAUGUCACAAAUCUAGGGCUUGUCUUUCCGGCGCGAGAUCUUCGAGACCCCGACGGCAUCAUCAAGCGUGGGAAACCCGGGUUUCCCAUGUACGAAGUUACGAGCUUUACGACGUCAUCAACAUUGUACAAGAUUGAGUUCUUUUUGAGUAUAAAAGCACACAUGAACUCUGCAAGGGAUAUCACUCUACGACAACCGAUCGUUAUUUGCCCAAUGGACCAGCAAGCGUGUAGGGAUGAAAUGGAUGCGAUUGAACAAGCAGCAAAGGAUGCAUCCAAGGUCGACCCAAACAAUCCGAUGCUCCCGGAUCGAGUCAUUGUCCGAUCCAAUGAACGGGACGCAAUACGGCAUCUGGGGCUUUGUGAAGUGGGAGGAGUGAAGAAGAUACUGAUUGAGUGAAGGAAAACCGGCAACCCGCAAUU